AUGAACGAAAACUUAUUUGCCUCUUUCAUUACCCCUACAAUAAUGGGUCUACCCAUUGUUAUUCUUAUCAUUGCACUCCCAGCAAUAUUAUACCCUUCCCCAAAUCGACUUGUCGACAAUCGCUUAAUCUCUAUUCAACAAUGACUGGUUCAACUCAUUCUCAAACAAAUACUACUAAUCCAUAACGUUAAAGGCCGUACAUGAUCUCUUAUACUAAUCUCAUUAAUCCUGUUCAUUGGCUCAACCAAUCUUUUAGGCCUAAUCCCAUAUUCAUUUACACCCACCACUCAACUAUCCAUAAAUCUGGGCAUGGCUAUCCCCCUAUGAGCCGGAACAGUAAUUACAGGAUUCCGAUAUAAGACCAAGUCCUCAUUGGCCCACUUCCUCCCGCAGGGCACACCCACUUUGCUGAUUCCAAUACUAGUGGUAAUCGAGACCAUCAGUCUGUUUAUUCAGCCAAUAGCCCUAGCUGUACGCCUUACCGCCAACAUCACAGCUGGCCACCUACUUAUGCGUCUAAUCGGGGGAGCCACCCUGGCCUUGACGGCUAUCAGCCCUGCAACUGCUUCAAUCACCUUCAUCGUCCUUCUAUUACUCACAAUCUUAGAAUUUGCAGUGGCAUUAAUUCAAGCAUAUGUAUUCACAUUGCUAGUUAGCCUGUACCUACAUGACAACACCU